ACACACAAAACACACACAGUUUCACCUCCUUUCAGAAUCCAGGUAAUCUUAAUUCAUACUUCACUCAGCCCUCUUUCCUUUUCUCUCUUUCUCACUCACAGACUGGAACACUUUGACAAUCCCACAUUUUUCCAAUAUAAAACCCCAAAAAAUCCAAUCUUUUUACUCAUUUCCUCAACAUCCCCCCUCUCUCUCCCUUAUCUCUCUCAUCUCUCCCAUCUCUCUACACAUAUACACACAAAAAUUUGGAUUUUUAAGUUGCCCUUAUAAUCUCUUUGCAAAAUAAGGGUCACAAUUUUCUUGAAAAUUGUGAAAAUGAAGGUUUUGGAGAAAUCUUGGUGUUUUUGUAAUGGUGGGGGCAAGUCUGAGAGGAUGAAAGCUUCAAUAUUUUCUAGCAAAGGUCAAGCCUUGGCAAGAAUUGGGAUUGGAGGGUCACUGUUUGGCACUGGCUUUCUUAUUCACAGGAAUUUGUUGCUUACAACUCAUGUUAAUCUCCCUUCUGUUGCUUCUGCUGAGUCUGCUGAGAUCUGGUUACAGAAUGGUGUCCAAGCUUGCCUUUUUCCUCAUAGGUUCUUCAUUACCAGCUCCAUCCUUGACCUGACAAUAGUUGGUCUUGAUAUUAUGGAUGGUGACUCAAAUGCACAGGGUCAACAUCCUCUGUACAUGAAGACAUGCACUAAAGUAGAUCUGGAUCUUGGGAGUGUUGUUUACCUAUUAGGUUAUGCAGAAAACAAGGAAUUGAAAGUGGGUGAGUGCAAGGUGGUGAUAGCCACGGACAAUCUUAUAAAACUGUCUACAGAUGAAGUAAUAUGGAACCCUGGGUCUGUCGGUUUUGAUGGUCAUGGAAAUCUUGCAUUUAUGGUUUGUGAUCCUAUGAAGCUAGCCACACCUCCAAACACAAAAUCCAAUACAACAUCCUCAGCGUCUUCAUCCUGGAAGAAGGAUUUCCGUAUGCAAUUUGGUAUUCCAAUUCCCGUGAUUUGUGAUUGGUUGAACCAGCAUUGGGAGGGAAGCCUUGAUGAACUCACUAAACCCAAGUUACCACUCAUUCGUUUAAAGUCUGCUGGUCAAAAAAGUGAAUUUUCUUCGGCAUCCUUCACAAUGAGGCAGGUAUUCAAGUCAGCAGAAAUCAAGUCAGCAGAAGCUGAAGAAGAUGGAACUCCAUCAUCAUCAAACAUAAUGUCAAAACCCAAUUGCAUGCCAGGAACAAGCCUUUCUCCCAUUGCAAAUAUAGGUAAGGUUGAAGCUCGAGUCAGUAAUCCAAAUUCGUCACAUUUACAGGGAAUUCCAACUCCAGAAAUCUAUGAGUCGCCAAGAUUAAAUUCAAUUCCUUUUUCAAAGAAGGCCAGCACCCAAAACCAGCUUUUAAGUAUUAAUUUUCCACCUAGGAUAACUAGACCACCAGUUUCGUAUCAUAAUGUCCGAAAGCUGCUCCCAUUCUCAGACGAGAAUUUUGUAAAGCAGGUUCCCUUGCAGCAUGCAAUGCAAGAAAACCAUUUGGUUGAAAGAGUACAGAGUUCUAUUGCAGAUGCCGAUAUGGCUUCGAUAGGCUCCACUAGUGAAGUGCAAUCUAGUUCAUUUCCCGUGGAAGCUCCGGAGGCGCAAAAUGGUUAUAAUAGCAGCGAAGGAGAAACUACAAUGUACUCGGCUGAGACUGCUGAAAGCCACAAUUAUCCUAGUCCCAAACAAGGAAACUUCAAGCAAGUAGGCAGGAGCCAAAGCUGCGUAAAUUACAAUCGCUGGGGGACUGUUCAGAGGAAUCCCAUAGCUCAGAGAACCAUGGGAGACAAAAGCAGAAGUUUUGUACAGGGUAGAAAAAUGUACUCACAGGGGGCAACUUCUCAAAGGAGUAAUGACUACUACAGUCCAACUGUGUCAUCUAUAAUGAAGAAAAGGAACAAUUUGGAGCAACCAAGCAGGCCCAAACAAUUUGCAGUUCAUUCAUCUGCUAAAUGGACAUUCUAAUUAGUCUCAAGUCCAUCAUCAAUCCAUUAUACUUUUAGCCUCCAUUCUAAGUAGUUCCAUUCACUUUAAAAUUUCAUGUGCCUAUACUGCAAUUGUAAGUAACUCAAGUGAAUAUAUGUGCAGAGUAACUGAAAGUAUACUAAGAAUAUUUAGUAAAUAUAAGAGGGUUCUGAUAUUA